AUGCAUGAUUUUAUCAUCAAAUUACGACAAGCGUUAAAAACUUCCCAAAAAGAACAUUUAUUUUCAAGAGACUGUUGGAAAUUGAUUGACCACGCGAUUUUGCUAACCUCUCAGGUCACCAUCUUAACCGUAAAUUUUUUAACCUAUCAUAUAUUCGGUCCACGGAAACCCUCAUGGCCAAUUCAAUUGACCUUGAUGUGCGCCGCAAUGAGAGCCCUUACCGAGCACACACAUCUCGCCGACGUGGACAAACUACGGAAAUUCGUGAAUGUCCUCUUUUCCCUGGUCCCAUCUGACAUCAUAAUAACACCCGUUUCAUUUAGAGUUUCAAAUAGAUCCCUACCGGGCAUACUUAAAGAGCUAGAAGAUCUAGAAUCUGGCGACGGGGAGAUUAGCGGAGAAUGGAUUGUACCCAAAGAUUUGUGGAUAAAGAUUAACGAUGAAUAUCGUCUGAAAGCCUCUAUCCACCGUCACCUUUAUACUGAUCAAGACGGUACAAAGUGGUCUAAAGAAAAAGUAAUUUUGUAUAUACACGGUGGUGCUUACUAUCUCAUGUCAGCGAAGACGCACCGAGAUUUGAAUUAUCGACUGUCCAAGACCACGGAAAGAAGGGUUUUUGCAAUAAAUUACCGACUGGCACCAGAGGGUCCGUUUCCAUGCGGACUCCAUGAUACAGUGCAUUCAUUCCUAUACUUGACCGAUCCAAACGGUUUGGCUAUUCAACCUCAUAAUGUUGUCGUGGCCGGAGACUGUGCUGGCGGUGGACUAGUUUUAGCAAUGCUCUAUUACCUUCGUGAUAAUGGAAUGCCCUUACCAGGAGGUGUCGUGUUAUUUUCCCCAUGGGUCGACUUGACUAUGUCAUGCGCGAGUUGGGACCAGAAUCAAUCCUACGAUUUCUUGUUCAAUCUGAAAGAGAAUGACAAAAUACAUCCUGUAAAACUCUAUCUGAAUCCCUACGAAGAGCGAUCGAAUUUGGUCAACCAUCCCUACGUGUCCCCUUUAUUUGGUGAUUUGCAUGAUCUACCUCCGAUAUUGAUUCAAUGUGGUGAUUCGGAAGUGUUAAGAGAUGAAAUUUAUUUGCUGGCUCACAAAGCUUCCCAAACUGGAACUACAUUUGUUCAGCACGAGGUUUACGGAGAUAUGGUUCACGUAUUUCAACUGUUCAAUUACUUGGAAUCAUCCGUGAAAGCCAUGGAUUCCGUCGGAUCCUUUGUCCGCAUGGUCAUACCGAUCCACCAACGAAGUACACUAUUCACGCAUACAAAUAAAAGGUAUACACCAUCCGAACUAAAAUUGUCAUCACCAUCUGAAUCGUUAAUGCCCACGGGUCCGCACAAGUGGUCGUUCGCGAACCAAAUACCAGUGAGAUGCGACAAAUCAACUUGCACCAAAGAAGAUCAAAUAAUAUUUGAUAAAGCACCUUUGUUGAUGUAUAAUUCACACUUCACCUCGGUUCCUCUGAAAACAUCCGUUGACGUGUGGCCAUCUCAACAACCUGAGUACUUUUCCCCCCAGAAUCCGUCGACUCCACCAUCUCAAUUUGCUCAUACUCACAUUCAACACAAUUAUCAAUCCACGAGAUCUCAACCAACAAUAAAUCCCCUAAGAAGCUCAGCCUACCCUGACUUAAAACAAUUAUAUUUCGACUAUAAUGAUCACCCUGCUAUUAAAACAAAUUUUGUCGCAGCAAAUGCCACGAACAGCGAAAUUAUAAACAAUGAAAGCGGGAUUUCGAGUUUUUGUUGCAGCGACAGCGAAUAUGAUAGUGCCAUCGAUGAACUUGAUUUUGAGGUCGACGGGGAGGAUAAUGAGGACUGUAGAACACAUGGUGAUGAAAGAAGUGUUCAUAGCGUCGACGUUGGCGUCGGUACUGGUGAUCAUCUUUAA